AUGGCAAAGAAAAGAGAAAGUCAUAAAUCUUCGAAUCAAGACGACUGUGUUAUUUUAAUGGAUGAGAUGGAUAUUCAACCAGCAUUAGAAUAUGAUGUUAGCACAAGAUCAUUUGUUGGACAAACGACGUGUGAUGAGAUAGAAAAGUUAUGCACUUCUAUUGUUGUUUUUAUGCUCAGAGGUUUAAACGAAAAUUGGAAACAAAUUGUUUCAUGGCAUCUUACAUCUAAGUCUUCAAAUGAUGAUAUCAUGACUCAAUUACUGUUUGAAAUUGUCGAAGAAGCAGAGAAAAUAGGUUACAAGGUCCACGGAUUAGUUUGUGAUAUGGGUCCAAAAAAUCAAGCGAUAUGGCGCAAUUUAGGAAUUAAAGUUUCGAGAAAUAACAACACUCCGUUUGUAAUGCAUCCGAUACGGCCUAAUGAUAAUUUUUAUAUAUUUCCGGAUAUACCACAUUUAUUGAAAAACCUACGGAUGGCUUUAACUAACAAUUCUAUUAUUACAAUAGCACUGUCAAUUGUAGAAUCAGAAAAUUUACCAUGCAAUGAAGUUAGAUUUAAAUAUCUCGAAGAAUUAAAUGUAAUUCAGCAACGUAAAAAUUUAAAAUUAGCUCCAAAAAUAACUACCGACAUUGUGAACCCAACAGGAUUUAACAAAAUGAAUGUAGCAGCUGCAGCACAUAUAUUCAACGUAAAAACAGCUGCUGCUCUGGAGACAUUGAUAGAAUUGAAAUUAAUAGAUAAUGAAGCUAAAACUACAGCUUGGUUUCUUAGAAAAGUACGGGCUUGGUUUGAUGCGAUGAACAGCAGAAAGCAAAAUGAAGCAAUUACUCCAACACCUAUAAUAGCAACGAUUUUGGCAAGUAAGGAUCAUAAAGAUGACCCGCAGAUGCUGGCAGGUUCAUACUUAGAAAUAGUAUCGGAGAUUAUUCGUAUUCUGGAGCCUUUCAAAGAAGCUACUCUUCAAAUAUCUAUCGACAGUAACAUUACAUUCAGUAUUGUUUUACCCAUACGUCAUAAUGUACAUGAUACAUUGAUUGAAAACAAACCUGUCACUUAUCCUGCAAUCGAAUUGAAGCAAAAUUUAUUGAAGGAGAUUGAGGCAAAAUAUGUACCUCUAGAAAAAAAUAAGCUUCUCACAAUAUCAACAUUACUUGAUCCUAGAUUCAAGAAAUUAUAUAGUUUCUCUAUUCUUCCACAAGCAGAAGCUAUACUACAAGUACAAAAAAAUUAA